CCUCGAUAAUCAUGGCUGCCUGUAGAGAAUACGCAAGCUAAUGACGACGUAUUAUUGAUGGCGGUUGCGGAAGUUGGUGAAAUACAGUGGCGGCAAAAUGAAGUUUAAGUAAAGGGAAAGAAGACAUAGAAUGAUGUAACAAGGAAGUACUUCUUUCAAAAGACGUAAAUUACGACUCAGUCAUGGAAAACAAUGUUCAGACCGCCUCCACUGGUGGAGGUUUUCAGCCAUGGAUGGCUGUCAAUGAUAACAAGGCUGGAAUGGAAGGAUUAGAUAAAGAGAAGAUCAACAGAAUAAUAUUAGAAGCUUCAAAAGGUUCAAAGUUUUAUGAGAACGAAUUAAAGAAGGAGCAGCAAGUAAAUCAAAGGAUUGAGAAGAUGAUGCAACAAAAAGAGCUGAUCACAGUGCAGCAAUUAAGAAAAGCUCAGUUACUGGUUGAUAAACUGGUCAAUGAUUUGGAAUGCAGCCGUGACCUUGGACGCAUUAUAGUGCAUAUUGACAUGGAUGCCUUCUAUGCUGCAGUUGAAAUGAGGGACAAUCUAGACCUGAGGGAUAAACCAAUGGCUGUAGGAUCAAUGAGUAUGCUGUCAACCUCUAAUUACCAUGCAAGAAAGUUUGGAGUCCGUGCUGCAAUGCCUGGCUUUAUUGCAAAGAAACUAUGCCCAAGUCUUAUCAUAGUACCACUAAACUUUGAUAAAUAUAAAGCAGUAAGUGCUGAGAUCCGUGAAAUAUUUGCAGAAUAUGAUCCCAAUUUUUCACCUGUGAGUCUUGAUGAAGCCUACUUGGAUAUAACCGACCAUCUGGAGCAACGUUGUUGCUGGCCUGAAUCCAGGAGAACAUAUUAUUUAGAGAAAGAAAUCACAUCUACAGAGCAUACCAGUGAUCUGCAGCUUUCUGGUAAUACUGAUGGCACUAUAUCGCCGGUUUUGUUUGAAGACAGUCCUCCUCCUUCAUUAAACACUGCUCCUGAACAGAAGCACAUUGUUUUUGGUAUAUCUGCUGAGGAAGCAGUGCGAGAAAUGCGCUUUAGAAUUGAGCAGAAGACAUCAUUAACAGCCAGUGCAGGUAUUGCUCCAAAUACUAUGCUAGCAAAAGUGUGCAGUGACAAAAACAAACCCAAUGGUCAGUACAAAAUUCCAAACAAUCAACAAGCUGUGAUGGACUUUAUUAAAGACUUGCCAAUAAGGAAGGUGCCAGGUAUUGGAAAAGUAACAGAGAAAAUGUUGAAAGCACUUGGAAUUACUACUUGUUCUGAGCUACGCCAGCAGGGGGCAUUGCUCUCACUUCUUUUUUCUGAAACCUCCUGGCAUCACUUCCUGCAGAUUUCCCUUGGCUUGGGCUCAACCCAUCUUGAAAGAGAUGGAGAAAGAAAGAGCAUGAGUACUGAGAGGACUUUUAGUGAGAUAAGUGACCCAGAAGAACAGUACAGUUUAUGUCGGGAGCUCUGUUCUGAUCUUGCCAAGGAUCUAAAGAAAGAAGGAUUGAGGGGAAGAACUGUAACAUUAAAGCUGAAGAAUGUAAAUUUUGCCUUAAAAACCAAAGCUUCUACUCUGUCUUAUGCUGUUUCCACCGAAGACGAAAUAUUUGCACUUGCAAAGGAUUUGCUUAAAACAGAGAUUGACAAUUCAAGUCCACAACCCCUCAGACUACGUCUUAUGGGAGUACGGAUCUCUGGUUUCCAGUCUCAAGAAGACAAGAAGCAACAACAAAAAAGCAUUCUUGGUUUUCUUCACACUGACAAACAAGACAUACCUUUCACAAGCCAAGGUCACAUGUUCUCUACUCAGGGGACCAAAGCAUCUUGCAGCUUUUUCAACAGGAAGAAAGCAGAACUUAUGCUGAAUGACCAAAAGCAGAAUCCCCAAGAGCACCAAACUUGCAAUGUAGGUGAUAGGGAUGUACAUUUGAUUAAUGGAAGUAAUGGCCUCCUUAAUUGUAUGUUGACAUGUCCAGUCUGUCUGAUGAAACAAAACACCAGCGAUCUAAAGACUUUCAAUGAGCAUAUUGAUAAAUGUUUGAGCUCUGUUUCAGAAGGUCAAGAGGACACAAAUGACAAAACUCAGAAAGCUUCUAAUCUACCAAUAUGUGAUGAUAAAAAUGAAAUAAAAAUAUUCUGUGAAAGUGAUAUUAAUGAAAGUGUUCACUGUAACUCUUCAAAUGUGAUGUCCACCAGUUGUCAUAAUGUUAAAGACAAAAUGACUAGAAUAGUGAUGGGGAACACUGAAGAAGAAUCUACGGCUGAAGAGUCAAGCCCUCUUAUUCAUAAUUCUGUUGGUUAUUCUCGUUCUUGUAGUAAAGAAAGUACAACUCAGUCAAAUGUUACUGACCUUUGUGAAAUGAUUCAGCAUAAACAAGACUACAAACAAAAAUCUUCAUCAUUGCUUACAAGAAUGCAUCUACUAUGUCCUGUGUGUAACCUAAAACAAGAAACAUCUGACCUUGAUGUGUUCAACAGACAUGUUGAUGUUUGCUUGAAUGAAGGAGUCCUAAAAGAACUAGUAAAGGAAAGACCCUGCUCAUCUGAUGCUGUUUCACUUCUAGACAGGAAGACUACAGCAGCUCAUUUAGAUGUGAAUUCAAGGAACAAGUCAAAAAGAUCUGCCUCUCCACCACUUCAGCAUGCAGCAAAGAAACCUAAACAUAAUAAAAAUGAAAACACUAUAUACAGGUUUUUUAGAUAGACACAUUAUAUAAAAUAAAACAAGAAAGUUUACAUUUUGUGUUUAAAUAAGGUAUGAUGUUAUAUAAGGCUGCUGUUAACUUUAUAAAAGAAAGUUCUGCUUGGAUUUGAAAUAAGGGCUUAUUUCUAAACAUUAUAAUUAACUCCUUCCUCCAAGGAAUGCAUUUUACUUUCACUUGUAUGAAAUACUAAUGUCAGAUUGCUGACAAGCUUCAAGAAUACGUGCUUUUGGGAAAUGAAUUGCAAGAGUGCAAGUUGUCGGAUCUGUGAAGAUAAAGUGGAGACCUAAAAACAUGGUGCUUCGAACAGUUAUAGUGAGUUUUCAUGAGUUUUCUCUAAUGUUACAGUAUAUUUAAACCCUGAACUAGUAUAUGAGCAAAAUAAUGAUUUCAUAUGUUGCUCUUUUUUAAAGGCCCCUUACCUCCACUUAUAUCUGUUGACAGUCCCCUUAUUAAUAACUGCCUGUGUUGGUUCAGCAGGCUGAGAUUUAAUUAAUGUAAUUUUUAAAGUUACUGGAGCAAUUCUCUAUCAUAUUUAAUGCCAAAUAAAAAUAAAGUCAAAGCAUAUUACUUGUAGGCUUAGGCUUUUAUGGUACUUUGAGUUAGAUUAAUUAUAAUAGAAAUUUAGACUGUCAUUUCUUAUUAUGCCGAUGGGAUAAAUAUAUUAAUUUUUCCAGUGCCUCAUGUUUUUAUUUUUGCUGUUUUUUAAUUUCUGAGUUUCUGUUGUUAAAAGGUCAAUAACUUUUUUUACCCUUAAAUACCAGUCUGGAAUCAAUUUAUGAAGAACAUAUAUUAGGUGAAUCGGAUUUUUAAGAUAGUAAACUUCUAUAUGCAAUGUUUUGUUAAAAUACCAAUGAAGGGAGUGUCUUCUGUUUAAUUAUAUUUAUCUAUUUUAAGUGGUGUUGAAUAAUUGGCAAGAUGAUUAAUAGGAUACUAAAUAUGUUUGUAAAUAAAAAAGGUUAUUCAGCAUCAAACCUUAAAAUCUUGUACAUUUUUUUCCAAAAUGUUAUUGUACAUUAUGCUUACUGUCUUC